GCUCCAGCCUCAUAUUUCUUGUCUCAUAUUAAGGAAAUGACAGAUGCAGAAUUCUGGGGCUAAAUAGCUAGAAAAUAUUUACUCAGACUUGAACAUUCUUCAAAGAGAGUGUGGAGCAAUUAUAAUUAUCAGAGGAAGAAACAUCACAGAAAUAAAAGCCAAAUGUUUUCCUCAAGAGUCCUCCUUUUGGCCGUUUUGAUUUCAACUGCACUGGCUGGACCAUGGGCUAAUAUAUGUGCUGGCAAGUCUUCCAAUGAGAUUAGGACGUGUGACAGCCAUGGCUGUGGCCAGUACACUGCUCAAAGAAAUCAUAGGCCUCACCAGGGUGUGGAUGUCUUGUGUGCUGAUGGAUCUACUGUGUAUGCACCUUUCACCGGAAUGAUCAUGGGCCAGGAGAAACCUUAUAAAACCAAAAAUGCCAUCAACAAUGGUGUUCGGAUAUCUGGAAGAGGCUUCUGUAUUAAAAUGUUCCACAUUAAGCCAACUAAAUAUAAAGGUUCUAUCAAGAAAGGAGAGAAACUGGGAACUCUAUUGCCCUUGCAGAAAGUUUAUCCUGGCAUCCAGUCCCAUGUACACAUUGAAAACUGUGACUUGAGUGAUCCCACCGUGCACCUAUAAAUGGAAGACAAAUGACUAGACCUUCUACAUAGAAAGCCAUCUUCUUAGAACCUGAAUGCAUAUCCUGCUUUUCAAGAAAUUCAUGCUCGAAUAGAAACAGAAUAAAUGCAUGGAAGAAAACAGUAUGUGGAUUUCAACCCACUGCCACUUUCAUGUUUUUGCAUGUCAACUAAUUUCUCAGGGCUUGCUUAUCUUUCUGUA